AUGAGUGUGGUUAUGGACAUAAGUGCGGAUAAAUCACCGGCCCAUAGGUCAUGGUCCGUUGAAUUUGAGGGGAAUACAAACAUGGUUCACCGUAUCAUCGCCCUCACUGGCGACGACAAAAACUCGCAAAUCACACUUUCGCCAAACUCGAUUGCGCAUAAAAAGCGCUUACGUAGCAGCUUGACACCUGGGGCGGGAUAUGCUGUGGUGAACUACGAUAAACGUCACAAAAGGGCUACGCCCGUAUCUAAAUGCAGGACAAUCGGAAAACCAAACAUCUGGGAGAGAAAUAACGAGUUCGUUGAUAACUAG